AUGUUCAAUUCCAACGUCCAUUAUUUAUUUACCAUUAUUCUGAUAAUAAUUAUCUCACCAAUCAUUGGAUGGAAGCUAAACGAGCCAUUUUCAGGCUCAUUGAGUUUCUAUAAUGAAAUUCAUUUUGGUUUUUGUGUAGAAAAAUAUACUAACGCGAAAAAAGAUUUGUUAGUUGCUAUUAGCUUUACACUAUGGAACAAAGAUAUUGCUUUAAGUAAAGAUCCACUUUGUCAUGUUUGUCUUAAAGUUGAUUACAACGGGAAAUGUAUCACAGUCCCUGUCAGAGAUUUCUGCAAUGAAUGUUCAGCAACACACGUUAAAUUGUCACAACCUGCGUUUGAGAAGCUCGAAAGUUUGUCUGUAGGAAGCGUUCAAAAUGCUACAUUAACAUUUGUCAAAUGUGAUGAAAACGAGAAAAAAUAA